GCUGCCGUGGUGAAAUCCCUCAAUCCUGCGGAUAAAGCCCUCCGAACGUCCGUCUCCGGUGCUGAGGACCGCAUUCGCUCCAUUCUGGAGCGAAUGCUCUGAGCUGGAGGAACCUUACGGAAACAUCAUCGGAUUCGCCUUUCCUUUUGUGCUCAUUGAUAGUUUGGACAUAUGAUCGAUGAAGACCGGAAAAGGACAAGCGCAGACGCUGUGCUAGGGUCCGCUCCACUUCCUCGGGACCCAUCUCGCACUGUGGGACGUACCGGGAAACCUUUCGUAACAUAAGGGUGUGCGGACAAGUCCGUGCGCUGGAGUGGGAGUGUGUUUUCAAGUUUAUCAUGAAGCUCACACGUCGACAGCGCCGAAGUUUGGGCAACGGCGAUUCUCAAAAGAGUGAGAAUAGCGUAAGGGUGUGCGUGGUACUAUAUUCUGCAGAUCCAGGAGCACAGUCAAGGAUCGUUCUAGGAAACAUUCGAACAGAUUACGGUCACAGCAGAUGGGAAUGUGGAUGUUGUUACGCGCGUGCGGGAUUGCACGAUUACACGGUGGUAGACUGCAGCUCCUCAGGCGACAGAGGCGUAGGACUUGAGCUCAGAAACCGAAUCGAUCUGCGUCGUCUUCCGCCAAAGCGAGAAACUCCGCAUGAACUGGAACCCGGUUCGCUCAGGCGGUGGCUGCGGGUAAUAAGUGUACCCAUCCUCCUCCUGGUCGUCCGCUGUUUCUUUGUCGCGCUGCUGCUCUUCCGCCUCCUCCUCCUGCUCCUCGGUCAAAUCCGGGAUUGCCGUCAACUGAUGUGGCUCCGCCGUUUCCGGUGUUCCGAAAAACUCUUUUGCUGCGACUGGGGUGAGCGGCAUAGCAAAGUCGGAGUUGUGGUGUUUGGGUUGCAUGAGGUUAGGCCGGGAACGCCGCCACCAGCUCCAUUCCCCGGCGGACGUAUUGUCACGUUCGGAUUCGGCGGAUGAAGAGGAUGAAAAGGAGGGUGGAUAGGAUGGGGAAGCUCGAGUCACAGGGAUGCUGCUCCGUUCCGGGGAUGGGGCCUGGGCCUCGUGGUGCAGGAUGAGCGACAUCAUCUUGGUUGGCUUGCGGGACGGGUGGGAGUUCUGGAGGGAAGACGGAGAGCUGACUGGACAGAGCUCACGUAGGAACCUGAUUGGUUUGCAUUUAUAAUCGCAUCUGCCCGCCUUGACCGGGAAAAG